AUGCUUGCAAGAUCAUUCCAAAGAUCAAAAGGCUUGCUAAGGACUACCCGAGCACUGUCCUCUCGUGCAGGCUCUUCUAUCCCCUUUGUCCCACUUGUCUCAGAAACCGGCUUUGUCGGUGCCGUUGGAAAUACCCCACUACUACGUCUCAACUCACUCUCAAAGGAAACAGGUGCAAAUAUUUAUGGUAAAGCUGAAUUCCUUAACCCAGGAGGUUCCGUCAAAGAUCGUGCUGCUCUCUAUAUCAUCCAAGAUGCAGAGAAAAGAGGUCUUAUCAAACCUGGAGGAACUAUUGUUGAAGGAACUGCAGGAAAUACAGGUAUUGGUCUAGCCCAUGUGUGUCGUGCCAGAGGUUACAAUUGCGUCAUCUAUAUGCCCAAUACCCAAUCACCUGCUAAAAUCUCCCAUCUUAAACUUCUCGGUGCUGAAGUCCACCCAGUCCCUGCAGUUCCUCUCGCAGACCCUAAUAACUAUAACCAUCAAGCACGUCGUCAUGCUGAGUCUCUUGAUAAUGCCGUCUGGACUAACCAGUUCGAUAAUAUUGCAAAUCGUCAGGCUCAUAUUGAAACAACAGGCCCUGAGAUUUGGGCUCAAACUGAUGGCACCGUGACUGCUUUUACUUGCGCAACAGGUACUGGUGGUUCAUUUGCAGGCACCUCGCGAUACCUUAAGGACAUUUCCAAUGGUAAAGUCCAGGCAUGGCUAGCAGACCCCCCAGGUUCUGUACUUUAUUCAUACAUCAACUCUGGGAAACUUGAGCGUACUGGUGAUGGGUCCAUUACAGAAGGCAUUGGUCAAGGUAGAGUCACAGAUAACCUUAAGCCUGACUUGGAAAUCAUUGAUGGUGCAUUGCAUAUUCCUGAUGCUGAUACCAUUCGUAUGGUUUAUCGUUUACUUGAUGAGGAAGGCUUAUUCCUAGGUGCUUCUUCUUGUCUUAACGUGGUGGCUGCCUAUGACUUGGCCAAGAAAUUGGGACCCGAAUCUACCAUUGUGACACUGCUUUGUGAUGGUGCCGAUCGUUAUGCUGAGCGGUUGUUUUCUGAAUCCUGGCUUAAGUCCAAGAACCUCUACAAUGAGCUUCCUCCUCAUCUUCUCAAGUACGUUGCAUUUGAUUGA